AACAUGGGGAAAGGGUUCUACAUCAGCAAGGCUGUGGCAGCGGUAGCGCUGGUGCUUGGGGCCGGGGCAGUGGCCACCAUCAUCGCCCUUUCUGUCGUCUAUUCUCAGGAAAAAACUAAGCUUGCUGACAUCACUCCGACAGCACCGACCACCACCACACCACCGACCUCGGUGACCACACCUCUGGCCACCACUCCGUCACCCUCUAACGAACCAUGGGACCAGUACCGCCUCCCCAAGACCCUGGUACCAGACCACUACAAUGUCUCCCUUCAUCCUCGGCUCAUCCCGGACUCAGCGGGGCUGUACAUAUUCACAGGGAAGUCACUGGUGGUGUUCACCUGUGUGGAGGAGACUGACCUGAUCCUCAUCCACUCCAACAAACUGACCUACACGCAGGUGGGGGGCCAGCUGGCCACUCUCAGCGCUGUGGGAGGAUCAGUGGCCCCCACCAUCGAGAGCUCCCGUCUGCAGACCACCACCCAGUACCUGGUGCUGCAGCUCAGCGGCAAGCUGACCAAGGGAGUGUCCUACCAGCUGGAUACAGUGUUCCAAGGGGAGCUGGCCGACGACCUGGGAGGCUUCUACAGGAGCGAGUACAACGAGGACGGAGUAAGGAAGAUCGUGGCUACCACCCAGAUGCAGCCCACAGACGCCAGGAAGGCCUUCCCCUGCUUCGAUGAGCCGGCCAUGAAAGCAGUCUUCCACAUCACUCUCAUCCACCCACGGGACACCAUCGCUCUUUCCAAUGGCAUGGAAAGCCUUCCUGCUCCUGAUAUUAUCGAUGGACAGGAAGUGUUUAUCUCUACUUUCGAUGCCACAAAGAAAAUGUCCACCUAUCUGCUGGCCUUUAUCGUCUGUGACUUUGGUGUCAUUAGGGACGAUUCAUCUAAUGUUCUGAUCCGCAUCUAUGCUCGUCAGAAAGCCAUUGCUGCAGGACAAGGACAGUAUGCGCUCAACGUGACAGGACCCAUCCUCGAGUUCUUUGAGACGUAUUACAAAGCCCCCUACCCUCUGCCCAAAUCAGAUCAGAUCGCACUGCCGGACUUCAACGCUGGAGCCAUGGAGAACUGGGGCCUCAUCACCUACAGAGAGACGGCCCUUCUGUACGACCCCAAAUUCUCCUCCAACUCAAACAAAGAGAGGAUCGCCUCCAUCAUCUCUCAUGAACUGGCCCACAUGUGGUUUGGGAACCUGGUGACUCUAAAGUGGUGGAACGACCUGUGGCUGAACGAAGGCUUUGCCUCCUAUGUGGAGUACCUGGGGGCAGAUAACGCCGAGCCCACCUGGAACGUGAAAGACCUGAUAGUGCUGGCUGACGUCCACAGGGUGUUUGCUGUGGACGCCCUGGCCUCCUCCCACCCCCUGUCCUCCAGGGAGGAAGACAUUCAGAAGCCUGCUCAGAUCAGUGAACUCUUCGAUGCCAUCUCCUACAGCAAGGGUGCAUCAGUGUUGAGGAUGCUGUCCGACUUCCUGACUGAGGAGGUCUUCAGACAAGGGCUCAGUACGUACCUGAACGCGUUUGCCUUCAGUAACACCGUGUACACCGACCUCUGGGAUCAUCUGCAAAUGGUAAGUUACCUCAUCAUGACCAAGUCAUCUCUGGCCACCUUCAUCCAC